AUGAUGCAAAGAGUUGCUAAACUCUCUGUUCAAACAGCUUCAAGAGUUUCAUUUAAAACAUGUACAAAUAACUUUAGUGCAGCCACUGCAACCAAAUCCACUUCAUCAGGAUCAGUCCCAUCAUUUUUCACUGAAUCAACAUCUACACCAUUAAAUCAAUCAAAAACUAAUACAUCAACUUUAAAUAAAUCUUCAAAAUUAAACAAUAACCUUAUAGAUAAUAUUAUGUAUGUUUAUUUUAUUUAUUAA